AUGCUACCCAACAACCACCAAUACGCCAGUUUAAUAGGAGGUCUGUUAUACGUGGCCGUCAAUACUCGACCGGACAUCGCUGCAUCCGUAUCAAUACUUGGACGUUCGGUAAGUUCACCAUCCCAAGCCGACUGGACGGAAGCUAAGCGUGUCCUGCGCUACCUAAAGUCAACCAUGGACCACAAACUUACGCUGAAGGUCGAGGAACUCGGUUUAGAAGUUUACGUGGACGCAGACUGGGCCAGCGAUGCAGCCAGUCGCAAAUCAAAUUCCGGAUACGUGUUCCUCUUCGGUGGAGGUCUGAUAUUCUGGGGAUCGCGCAAGCAAACCUGCGUUGCGCUUAGCAGUACCGAAGCAGAAUUUGUGGCACUUGCCGAGUGCUGUCAGGAACUCACGUGGAUCGUCCGGAUGCUUCAAGAUUUCUCCGUUGAUGUCCCGACCCCUGUUCUGGUACACGAAGACAACCAAUCGUGCAUCAAGCAACUGAAGUCAACAAAGAUCAACAACCGCUCAAAGCAUGUGGAUAUAAAAUACCAUUUUGUCCGCAAGCUAUACGAAGACAACCUUAUUGAUGUUCGCUACUGUCCCACCGAUCAAAUGGUAGCGGAUAUGCUCACCAAGCCGCUGGCACCACAAAGGCUGGCAAGAUUCCGAGAAGCAGUAGGUGUUCACCAAUCGAGGAGGAGUGUUGGAGAGUAG